GAGACGGACUCGGAGCAGACGACCAGGACCCAGAACCCAGAACCCAGAACCCAGGAACCAGGAUCACAGGAUACACUUCGUUUCGACAUGCAAUACACACUGCUCCUCAUAGCAGCCCUGCUGCUCAGCUUGGCCCAGGCCAGGCCCCAAGUGAGAGGUCAGGCCCAGGGAGAACCCAUUCCCAUCAUCAGGCAGGAGCAGGAGGUCAACUUCGACGGCUCCUACAAGUAUCUCUAUGAGACGGGCAACGGCAUCAACGCCGAGGAGGAGGGCUACCUCAAGAACCCAGGCACCGACAAUGCCGGCCAGGUCGCGCAGGGCUCCUUCUCGUACACCUCACCCGAGGGCAUUCCGAUUCGGAUAACCUAUCUGGCGGACGAGAAUGGCUUCCAGCCGCAGGGCGACCACCUGCCCACGCCACCACCCAUCCCGCCGGCGAUCCAAAAGGCAUUGGCCUACUUGGCCACCGCUCCACCGCCGCCGCAAGAGCAGCCCGGUGGGUUCAACAACCGACGGGGUUAGGUGUCCAUCUUCAUCUCCACCUACACUUCCACAAUCGAAUUACCUGGUUCUACUCAAUUACAAAACCUGUGCGAAUGAACAAUAAAACUGGCCAUACAACAACAAA